UCAUUCUACUCGAUUUUCUCUUCAGAUGAAGCUACUCGUACUUUCCGUCCUUUUCGCUCUUGCUCUGGCAAAUGUUCGAGACAAACGACUAGCUGUGAGCACAAUCACAGUCACCGGAGGAAUGGGUCUAUCCACUGGCUGUGUCGUUACUGGUAACACUCUCUAUGCUAAUGGACUAAAAGUACGAGAUCUCACAUCAUCGGAAAAGUCAGAGCUCUCCACUUACCAGAAGGAAGUUGCUGACUACAAGGCGCAACUCAAACAAGCCAUCAAAGAGCGUGAAGACAAAAUCCGAGCACGACUUGCUGGCAAGAAGGAUGUGAAAUCUCUCGAACCACCAAAGGAGGAAGAUUUGCCAAAACCACCAAAAAAGCCAUCAUUCUGCACACCAGAGGAUACCACCCAAUUCUUCUUCGAAGGUUGCAUGAUCCAGAACAAUAAGGUCUACGUUGGCAACACCUUCGCCCGCGACCUCGACGAUAAUGAAAUCCAAGAGCUGAAAGAAUUCGAGAAGAAAUUCAAAGUCUACCAAGACUACGUCCAGAAGCAGGCCGAACAACAAGUGAGCAGCCUCUUCGGCGGUUCCGACUUUUUCUCUGCUCUCUUCGGUCGUGAAACUGAGUCCAAAUCCACCACCACCACUUUGGCCCCAGAACUCCCAGAAGAUGCUCCCGAACAACCACCCACUCCCAACUUCUGCACCAGAAUCAUCUAAAUCUGUUCAAGACAUUCUGUAUCGCACAUUUUGGGCAUGUUGGAUUUGGUGAAUAGGCGUCUGAGCGCUUCUCCUCUCGUACUUACGGUGUCGACUAGCACAUUAGUCACAAGCUUUGCAAUAUUUUGAGUCCUAUUGAGUUAUAUUGUAUAUUCGUGUGAUAAAAUUAUUAUUCAGC